AGAAAUGCAUCCUCAACAAAAAAAACCCGACCCGAACUAAAACACCACACAAACUAAAACCCAGAAGAACCAGAAGAAGCAAACACAAAGAAAGUCCUCCUCUUUAUUCGAUCUCUCUCUCGACUCUUCAAGCAAACCUCAAAGAAGCGAAAAACCCUCUCGCCCAUCUCACAAACCAUGGGAACUCCAGAAACCUCUCGAGAACCGUGCCCCGACCGCAUCCUCGAUGACAUCGGCGGCGCCUUCGGCAUGGGGGCUGUCGGCGGCUCCGCCUUCCACUUCCUCAAGGGCGUCUACAACUCCCCCUCCGGCACUCGGCUCAUCGGCGGCUCGCAAGCCGUGCGCAUGAACGCGCCGCGAGUCGGCGGUAGCUUCGCCGUCUGGGGUGGCCUCUUCUCCGCCUUCGACUGCACCAUGGUCUAUGUCCGCCAGAAGGAGGACCCCUGGAACUCUAUCAUCGCCGGCGCCGCCACCGGUGGCUUCCUCCAGAUGCGACAGGGCCUCGGCGCCUCGGCUCGAUCGGCUGCUUUCGGUGGGGUCCUCCUGGCUCUGAUCGAAGGAGCUGGGAUCAUGCUUAAUAAGUUCAUGAGCCAGCAGCAGCAGAUGCCUAUUGUGAUUGAAGAGCCGGCGAGCGUGGCCGGUUUGCCUGGGCUUCCUCCUAUGGGCCGUGCUCCGGGUCAGCCGGGCUCGGAGCCGGCAACGUCGGUUAGCAGCAGCGGGGCUGAGGCUAGUUCAGGAGGGUGGCUUGGAGGGUGGUUCGGGAAGAGCAAGGAGCCUGAGGCUAAGAGUAGCGGAAGCGAGACAAAGAUUUUGGAGAGCUUCGAUGCCCCGCCCAUGCCCAGCUUCGAGUACAAGUGAUUGAUUGAUAGAUUUGGUGAGGAUCAAGGAAGGAUUUUGAUUAGAAGAAGGCUAAUUAGAUUGUAUUUAGGAAGGGGGUUGGUAUUGAACUGAGGGAUUUGGGAAAGUUUAGGUUUUUACUGCAAAAAUUUGCAUUGCACCUAUAUAUUAAUGUUGUGCUCUUUCAAUAUAUGCUUUUCUAAAUAACCAAGAAGUUGUAGAUGUAUUAUAAUGCUUUUGAAAUUGAUUGUUUGUUAUUUUGGGAAUUGUUUUAUGAAUUGCGGAUUAAGUUUAGGGUUUAGGGUUUAGUUCAAUCUUCCAUUAAGUUCUGUGCUUGAUCCUUGUUAUAUGGCCAUUGAACCCUUUUAUCAUGUUUAUCAUGAUUUUUGGAACCAGGUGUAAGGAUUUUGAGAAGUUGCCAAUGUUGAGGCUGUAAACUUUACAUGGAGUAGAUAUCUGAAUAGCAUCCAAAUUUAAGUAAAGUACAUAUUGUGAAUAGCAUAGUUGUGUUUGUGUUAUGCUCAUGGAGAUUUGAGUGAUCGUCUAUGCAGAGAAGAAAACCUUGUCUAGCUUAUCGUCACAGAAAGCCCCUUCAUUUAAUGAACUAACCAGAUAAUAUUUACUUUUCCUUGGUCCACUUAAUUUCCAAGUAUCAUAAUCCAUACAUGAUGCCUGAUGCCUGAUGCCUGGUACAUGAUGUGUGUGCCAUAUUGAUUCUGCCUUUUAUGCCCCUCACCUCAAUGGGUAACUGAUACUCACUAACUUUGCUGCUUAUGCCUCUAAACAUUGUAUUUGCUUAUCUAGAAGAAAUAUUUGCUUGAGUUUAUUCUUGUUGGCAUUCAUAUGCUAGACUUCUGAUAAAGCUGUUUAACACUACACAUCUUUGAACCAAGGUAUAGAAGCUCAUAUUUUAAUUGUUUUCAAAUCAGUGUGUGGAACAGGGGUUUGACCCAUGUUCCGUAGGUCAAAUUUUGUUGAAAUACAGAUUUCUAGUAUAACAGUCCUCUGAAUAUCAGUUAUUCUAGCUCCAGCAAAAUGGUUGCUAAAAUAUUUAAUGAAUUUGUUAAAACUAUACUUCUGUUGUAGGGUGGUGCUCCAUUGGUUCUUGUUGUGUUUCCAGGUAACUGUUUUUAAGCAGUUUGCAAGUAAAUUAACUGCUCUUAAUGAUAGGUUGAUUGGUAUCAAAGUAGGUGAUGUCUGAUAAGGCUCAAGAAUUGUGGGUUACCUGUAUUCCCAUCCAUUUGGUUUGUAAUGCAUGUUCAUGUAAUAGUUGCCUUUCUCCAGCUAUGUGAGGGAAGGACUUGUCCUUGGCCAACUCCUGGGAAAUCAAUUUACUGUAACAUUGAGAGGAGUUGUUGCAGAUUCUGAAGAUACGACUAAAACAUCUGCAAUUGCCUUCAGAAAGCAAGGAUUUAUUAACUACUUUGGUUUACAAGUACUCUCUCUCUCCCCACAUCCCCCUGAUUCUUUGUGUUGUUUCUUGUACUAUUUAUUUGCAUAAUGGUGUACUUAAAAGGCUAGAUGUUAUUGAGAUUGUUUAUCUUGUUCUUUUUUUUGCAAUAAGAGGUUUAUUGUUCUUACAAUUGCAAUGAUACUACAAAGCUAUUAAAAGACGACAGUUCUGUUGCAAAAGUCAAGCUGGUCUUUUUUUACCCAGAAGAUUUCUUUUGAAAAAAAGAUGGUUUUUCGAAUAUGCGAUGGAUUAAAGUUUGCUUGAUGGUUUAUCGAACUGCAUUCUGAUUUCAGCGGUUGGCAACUGGUUCUCUGCCAACUUACCUCAUUGGAGCUGUAGUACUCAGAGAAGAGUGGAAAUCUACUCUGAGCGUGAUCCUUGAUCCAAGAGAAGAGGAUAUCCUUUUAAUGUUUUCAUGUGUUGUGACUUGUGAGGAUACUUUUUCUUUUCUUUAUGUACUUGAUUACUUCUAAAUAAAGUAGUUUAUUGCAUGCUGAUGUAGUGCAGCAUUAGUAUUUAUUUUGUGGAACUUAAUCUUUUAUUACAAAAAAAUCCGAUUACUGUGGCAAAAGAAUAAACUAAUGGUAUUGAAGGGACCCUGAGGCAGUUACCCCGACAUCUGGUUGCUGAAAGAGCUAUAGUAAGUCUGCAACUAUGAUUACUCUUGGAUAACUUCUUCUUUGUAGGGUCUUGCUAAUGCUUCUCUAAACUAUCCUGAAUUGAUGCAGUCUUUUCUGUCAUUUUCUCAUGCGUCUGGGAACUUUUAUGAAUUAUGAUAUUUCCCGUUUUGGAUUACUUCUUCUUGUGGUUCGUAACCGAUCAUGAAUUUUUUGUUCCUUGUUCUCGCAUAGCUGCAGGGUUUGAAGAAAUGUCCUGGGAACUACUUGCAGGCUUUGAAAGCUAUUACUAGAACUUUGAGGAUGAUGUAAGUGGUUUUCCAGCUGAUUGAGUUGUUUUUUUACUAACUUCAUAACCGGUUUGGUCUGGAGGAGAGAGUAAAUGGAGGCUAUAUUAAGUUUGACACUUAUGCCUUAGUUCUUGUAAUGCAUCUCUUUUCCAUCUUAGUUCUCACUUUCUCAAAUGCAUUAUAUACCUUAAUAACCAUAUGAUUUGGGAAAGAGGGAAAUGGGGAAGUGUGGUGCAAGUCAAUGUGUGUUGUACCCAGUGAACAAAAUGGAGUGUAUGCAGAAUGAAUUCUGAGUGAUCUAUAAUCUAACUACAAAUAAGUUCAAAAAAAUAUCCAAGGACAUUGUAUUCCGACGAGCCGGCACGGGUCUCCCUCGAUGGUCAGCUUGUCAAUGCCGACGAGGCCAGCUCGGCUCGAGCCAUUAAAGGUGGCUUGAACCCCGAGCAAGCCGUGGCUUGGGAGCUGUUUAGCCCCAUCCAAAGAUUCCUCUUUGUUGCCAUGAUAAGUGUCGCCGUUGCAGAGUCAAAGAAAAACAGCCGCAUUAUGAAGCUAACGAAAUCUGUGGAACUUAGGGUUUGUGAUAAUUGAACUUUUUGCCACUUGAUCUUGUCUCUAGAAUUUCAGACCUCCAAUUGUAAAGUUUUUAUUAUAUCCCUUCCCUUAUUGUGUAAAUAGUGUGCACAUAUGCCAAUCAUAUUUAUUUUGACAAGGGAAGGGGAAUUGAACUCAGCCAGGUUCAAGGAAGUGAACACACUGCCUUCAUUAAUUGGCCGUUUGCAGAGACUGUAAUCAUUGAUUUAUUCAUAUAAACUUUUGAUUCCUUUGGUA